GAAAAUUAUUGAUAAUCUAUGAAUGAUUUAUAUAGUGUUGUUGUAUAAAAAUAAUAAAAAUAAUUAUAAAUUCAACGUUAUUGUCGGAAAUCAAAAUCAUCUACAUCUUCAUCCGUGCAAUUCAAUUCUAACAUGGCAACUUCAACGGUAUCGUCGAAAUCGUCUUCAUCUUCAUCGACUUCUUCGAAGCGAUGGACCCAGAAUAUUUCGUCAAUAGCAGCUCGCAUCUACUUCUGCCUCAUCUUCUUUCAGAUCCCUCUCUUCAGGGUGACUUGCAGAUCUGGUGUGUGUAAAACCCCUUUGCACGUCACAUCGUCACAGUUAAUCGCAAGUGAGAUCUUCCCGGUUCCUGUUAUUAAGGGCCUUUUGUAUCCUGGGGCUGCUGUAAAUGGCCUCAUCCACAACAUGACUAUCCCAAGCUGGGAUAAUUUAUUAGACAUAUAUAAUUUAACCAGUAUAAAAGAAGCUUCUGCAGUAACUGAUCUUCAACGCCUAGAGGUGCUUGCGGGAAGCUACUUCUCAGUGGCAGGCGCACUUGUAGGUCUGCUUAAACCAGGGAGAAUGACCAUUUUUGGGUCACUUCUUGUAAUUUGGGGACUAGUCAAGGAAGGGAUUUUAGGGAAGCCAGUAAAUUCUGAUCCUUCAAAAGCUGUGUAUGUCUACCCAACAAUGGUGAUUGCCUUGAUAUGUGCCUUAUCAUCUGUUAAGUAUGACGUAAACAAGGUUGCUAGAACAGCUCCUGUCCGGACCAGUGCUACACCUCUUCAAAGCUCAUCAAAGUCUAAGCUGAAAUAUAAGUAAUUCUCAUACUGACACUAGUUAAGUGGUACACAUUCAUCUGAAAUUCAUUUUGGAACAUAUUGUUCAGUUGUUCAAGAAUUAUUACUUUUCCUUUUACAUAUUGCAAAUAGUUGAGCUUGUUGACCACUAGAAUGGGAGAAAAAAAAGAAAGAAAGAAAGAUCUGAAAGAGCAUGGAUCACCUCAUUUGCUUGUUUAUUGAUUGCUCAACUUUAUUAGGGUCGAUUGUUAGACAAUUUGACUUUAUGA